UGCGGCCCGGGGCGAGCGGCGGGUGCCGCGGAACUCCUCGCCGGCCCGACGUGGGGAGGCGCGGGCGCCGCAGCAGCCGGCAGGCCCCCCGGCGACCCCCAGGAUGCCAGAGGCCAGGAGCUCCGGCCAGGACCUCACGCGAUGGAAGAAGAAGCCGCCGGUGCGCCGCACGGUCAGCCAGAUCUGCCCGCCCCCGCGGCGGCCCCUGACCCUGGCCGACAUCCGGCCGGGCAUGGAGAACGAGAGGCUGGGGGUCGUGCGGGACUCCAUGUUUCAGAACCCGCUCAUCGUCAAGGCCGAGCUCGGCAAGCCCCGGGAAAGGAGCUGCAGCCUGCCUGGCAUCGACUUCAGCUACGGGCUCUACGUCCGGGGGCUGGACGGAGGGGUCCCCGAAGCCAUCGGACACUGGAACGUGUUUAAGCAGCAGCCCACCUGCUCCCACAAGCUGACCCGGAAUUACAUCGCGAUGAACCGCGGUGCCGUGAAGGCUGGCCUGGUGACUGCCCGCGAGAACUUCCUCUACUGUCAGGUCAAUGACAUCCGCAUCAGUGACCAGGAUGACCGGCGCGUGAAGAAGGAACCACCCUCCCUCCCUCCAGACAUGACAUUUGGGAUCCCGGCACGGCCUUCCACACCCUUCUUUGAUCUGCUGCAGCACCGGUACCAGCAGCUGUGGGUCCAGGAACAAAAGGCCACCCAGAAAGCCAUUAAACUGGAGAAAAAGCAAAAGGUGAUCCUGGGCAAGCUGUACGAGACUCGGAGCAGCCAGCUGCGCAAGUACAAGCCGCCCGUGAAGCUAGAUGCCCUCUGGCGUAUGCCCCACUUCCAGAAGGUGGGCCGGCAUCUCGAUACCUUCCCCACUGAGGCAGAUCGCCAGAGAGCGUUCAAAGCCCACCGGGAAGAGCACGCCGUGCGCCAGGGCACCCUGCGGAUGGGCAACUACACCCACCCCUAGCCCCUCGCCUUCCAUGAGAAGCCUGAAGGACUCACCUUUCUUGCCCCAACUCCUACACCACUCCCUGUUCGUGCAGGCGCUGCUGCUGCAAGGACCUCAGAUUCAGGUCUUAGGUUAAUUAUUUUUGGUUAAGAGUCUCCCUUUUUAGGUUAGCCAACACUAAUCUUACUGUGGCCCCAGUGACCCUCCCUGGGGACAACUCCUCCUCCUCCUCAGGCAGGCUCACCUGACAAGAUAAACCCAAAUUACAGGGCAGUUUUUUAGACUCCAGGCUCAGGGUCGAUUCCAUGGCUCUGCCCAUUAAGUGUUAAGAACAACCCAUGUAUUUCCUGCAGAAAGCGUGACAGUGACAUGCUUUGAAAGCCCUCAUUUUAUAUUCCAAACAUGAGUUUUAAUUGCUCUUUUUGGGAUGCCUGAUGUCUCACCAUGGCAGUAUUAUCUCUCUGGGACCCCUGACAGCAGGAAGAGUCAAUGGUUCAUUACUCAGGCCUGUCCCCUUCCAGGCACAGCGGCCCUGUCAAUCUCCACCGAGGUAGACUUGGGACGGUCAGCCCGUCCCCAGGGAGAGAGCCUUCGGGUGACGGGCAGACUAAGCUACGCAGGCUGCCGAACUUCCCGGCCAGACUCCUGGGCGCUUCCUCACUCCAUCUUCCUAUGUGUUCUUUGGCUUCCCACAAAUUAUAUGCUGGUCUAUUUUAAAUUUAAAAUGCUAUUUGUCUCCCUC